UACUUAGCACAUCUCCUGUGGGGUUGUACGUUCUUGAGCAGGAAUUGCUAUGUACAGAAUCACCUAAAGCUAACAUAUUGUGUGUUUUGUCCCUCCUGCAGAUUACCUGUCUGGAUAUUUCCAGUGGUGGAGGCCUCGGCGUGUCUGCCAGCACAGAUGGGACCAUGAAGAUCUGGCAGGCUGCAAAUGGAGAAAUAAGAAGACUAUUGGAAGGCCAUGUGUAUGAUGUGAAUUGUUGCAGGUUUUUCCCAUCUGGCCUUGUGGUUCUGAGUGGGGGAAUGGAUGCCCAGCUAAAGAUCUGGUCAGCAGAAGAUGCCAGCUGCGUAGUAACCUUUAAAGGUCACAAAGGAGGUAUUUUGGAUACUGCCAUUGUGGAUCGGGGAAGAAAUGUCCUUUCCUGCUCUAGGGAUGGCACUGCACGCCUCUGGGACUGUGGCAAAUCCUCCUGUCUGGGUGUCAUUGCUGACUGUGGCUCCCCCAUCAACGGCAUCGCUGUGGGCACUGCUGAUGACUCGGUGAACCUGGGCACGCCUGAAAAAGCUCCCAGUGAACGUGAGGUUGGGACAGAAGGGAAAAUCCUGCUGCUGGCUCGAGAAGACAAGAAGCUGCAGGGAGUUGGGCUGCAGAGCAGGCAGAUGGUGUUCCUCUUUGAUGGAUCUGAUGCAUUCAAUUGCUGCACGUUCCUCUCAAGUACCUAUUUCCUAGCAGGGACUCAGGAUGGGAACAUCUAUCAGCUGGAUGUGAGAAACACCAAUGCUCCAAUCCAAAUAAUUCACAGAUCAGGAGCACCAGUGCUUUCCCUGUUCCCAUACAGAGAUGGAUUCAUUGCCAGCCAAGGUGAUGGAACGUGCUUUAUCAUCCAGCAAGACCUCGAUUAUGUCAUCGACCUCACAGAGGCAGACUGUGACCCUGUGUACAAGGUCGCUCCGUGGGAGAAGCAGAUCUACACGUGCUGCAGGGACGGGGUGGUGCGGCGGUACCAGCUGGGCGACCUGUAGGGUUGGGGGCUGUGCACAACGGGGCCGUGAGGGCUGUGAGCAGGGCUGGGGCUGCUUCCGCUGUGUCAGCUGCUCAGCUUUGUCCAUUACGGCCGAUUUUUAUCUGUCGUGGGGGU